UACCAGUGCGGGUAUGGACCGGCGUCGCGACGCCUUAAAUAAUCAGUACGUCAAUUUAAAGACGUAAAGGAAAGGCGGAUAAAUUAUACAGCAAAAAUGUAGUCCGUGUUUUAAUUAACGAGUUUGUUAACUCAAAAUCACAUAAGUCUUCCAUUAGAAUUAAUAAUUAUAUAUAUAAGAUAUAUUAAUUAAAUUUCACGAAUUUAUAACGUCAUAUUUAUGUGGAUUUUUAAUACUUAUUAUUUUUUUAAUAAGCCAACGAUUUAUAUAAAGUUACGGAUUAUUUAAUUAAUGAGGUUUAUUAAUUAUAAACUAAGUGUUAGUGUGCCUGAUCCAACGUCUUCCUAAAUAUAUAAAUAAAUGAAUAAAUAGUAAUAAUAUAUAUAUAUUUACACGAUUUAUACGAUCGAAUUAAUUCUAAGUGUUGGAAAUAAUUAGCAAAAAAAAAGAAUUCGAAGCUCGAGUGACUGAGAAGAGGAGAGACAAAAACAUCCGGUUGUUAGAAGAGAUCAGAAAGGAAGAGAAGAGGGAGAGACAAAUUUUUAAUUACAAGGGAACAAUUUUAUCCUGAAGAAGACAAAAUUUUUUGAUUGGAUUUUAAAAAUAAAAAUGUCCGAUUUAUCAAUGACUAUGUCAAUAGCCCCAGGGAAAACUCCACGAGGACGUGGUCCUGUAGACGGCCGUGCGUUUUUCGAACGUCUUUGGCGUGGAAAUUUUUUUCUUGACCGCCAAAAAGCAUUCAAACAGCGAACGCGUAAACGUAAAUUACAGACAGCUAAUGGUAAAAAACGGAUCCAGCAACAAUUGCAAGCUAAACAGCAGCAUUGCUGCUGCUGUCAACGUAUUCAAUUACAUUUACUUGCUGGUCGGCGUAACAGCAUGAGAUCCGUUGUUAGUGUGCGAGAAACACAUCAAGUUGCAGAGGCACAGCAGGAGAAAAAUGCAAAAUUACGUGAAGCAUUUGGUAUAUCAGAAUUCUUCGUCGAAGGGAGUAGUCUAGAUCCAGAACGACAUGCACGUGAAGCAGAGGCUCGUGCUGCUGCAAAUAAAGUGUACGAUUUAGUCCACAGUCCAAGUCCGGCAGCAGAAGAACCUGAGCCAGUGGUUGCUGAGAAAAAAGUUAAGCGCAAAAGAUCCAGCAGCAGCAACAAAAAGAAGAAGGGAAAGAAGCACAAGAAGGACAGAUCCGAGUCACCUAAAGAAAAAACUAAGAAGAAAGAUAAAUCUAAGAAGAAAAAGAAAGAGAAGAAACAUAAAAAAGUUGAAGUCAGUUCUUCUGAUAGUGACUCGAGUGAUGAUUCUGAUGAUAGCAGUUCUUCAGAAGCAGAGUCGAAAAAAAAGAAAAAGAAGAAAAAGAAGAAGUCGAAAAAUGAAAGUGGAAAAAGUAAAGAGAAGAAAAAGGCUACCUCGAAACGUAAACGUCAAUCAUCUGAAAGUUCAUCUGACUCUUCUCCCGAAAGACCAAAUAAAAAAUCAAAGAAGCAACAAGAAAAAAGUCCUGAAAAAAUUCCCAUUGUCGAGACAAUCAUCCGCGAAACCCGGCAAGGACGUUCACCAAAACGACAGGAGCGUUCUCGUGUAGAGACGCCCCCUCCAAGACAACGAGAAUCACCAGUACGUCAUUUAGUACCGGAUAAAAAAGACCGAUCAUUAGAUAGAAUAAAAGAACGGACACCUGUUGUGGUACCGCCUCCAGUAAAACGUCACGAAAGACGCUCGGUAUCACGCAGUCGUGAUCGUGGUGGCAUCAAUGAUCGUAAUAGAUCACCUAGAAGAUACUCAAGACAGCAAAGAAGUCAAUCGCCUCGACGAAGACGUUUUUCACGGUCGCCAAGACGGACAGCUCGAUACUCAAGAUCGCGAAGUCAGAGUAGACCGCGAUAUGAUCGGUACCGAGGCAGUGGCUCGAGACGCAGACCUUCCCCGUUCAGACGAGAGAGAAGAAGAUCUCGUUCACGAAAACGUUCGCCUCGUAGAGACCGGCGCGAAUGGUCGCGAGACCGUCGACGAACGCGCAGUAAAUCUAGAAGUCGCUCCCGGCGAUCUUCUAUCAGUUACUCGCCUGUUCGUAAAAAUGUUGACCGUUACAAGGACACGCAGGAAGAUAAGAAGAAGUUGAUGAAACCUAGAUCUGUAUCACGGGGUAGGAAACCAAAGGUAGUGGCGCCUCGUGUGAGCUUGAGAUCGUCGAGUGAAGACGAGGCGGAUGUCGUUGACGAUGAUCCCAAGCAACAGGAGGAUGAAGAGAAGUUGAAAGAACUGAAUACUCUGAAACGUCUUCAAAGUGGAUUAGCAGCCAAAGCGCGCGAGUCACUAGGGAAAAAAGUUAGUCCUGUUAAAAUAAAAACAGAAAAAAAAGAAGAAAGUAUUUUAGAUAUCGCUCUGCCUGCUGAUCCUCCGAAAAGUUCAUCAAUCGCUCAACCAAUUUUGCGAGACAGAUCUAAAUCUAAAUCCAAGUCGCCGAUUCAGUUGAAUAUCACACGAUCUGUUGAGUCAAGUCGGUCACCUUCUCCCGCGUUGCCUUUAACGCGCGCUGAAGCUGAAGCUGCUGCUGCUGCUACUUCUACUUCUAAUUCUAUUUCUACUAUUUCUACUUCAAUUACAACUGCUUCGAAUGUUCCCACAAUUAUUUCAAAUACUAUUUCACCGGUUAAAAUUCAUUUGAAAAUUACGACACCACCUGCUGCACUUUUGAUACAAGAACGUGAUAUAAAAAUUCGUUCUCCAUCUGAAUCACCGCCAAUGUCAAACAAAAUAAUACUCCGAGCAUCACGAUCCCCGAGCACACCAAAAAAAAGUCCUGUUGUAAAGAAAAAGUCUUACUCGCGGUCACCGACACGCUCGUCAUCGCGAUCAGUGUCGAGAGACCGCAUCAAAGAAACUUCAAGAUCACCGCGACGUCGGUCAUUGUCACGAGAUCGCGAAGAAACGUCGAGAUCAAAGUCACGUGAUAAGAAAUCUAACUCACCGGGAAAACGAUCUCGGUCUCCUUCACGGACAAAACAAUCGCCGUCGCCAGUGAGGUCCAAACAUUCUCGCGGCUCAAGAUCCUCGUCGAGAUCAAAGCAUUCAGUCUCGCGAUCACGAUCCAGUUCCAAGAAAACCAGCUCGAGGUCUCCGAAGAAAGUGCGAUCCAGGAGCAGGACCAGGUCCGAGUCUCACAGGUCUAGAAGUCGGUCGUUGUCGAAAAAAUCUCGCAGUAGAUCGAGGUCGGGAUCUAGAGACAAACCGAAGAGGAGCCGCACUCGGAGCAGUUCUCGUUCAUCUCGAAGUUCGACACGACGCAGCAGAAGAAGUUUCUCAAGUUCCUCGCGGUCAUCAAGCAGCGCGUCUAGCCGUUCGUCACGUUCUAGCUCCAGUAGCUCUGGCUCAAGUCGUUCGCGAUCACCAUCAAUACCCCGACGUCACGGCUCACCGAGUUUCCUCGAUCGACGUCGUAUCACCAGUGCUAGAAAACGACCGAUACCAUAUCACCGGCCAACACCAUCGCCACAGUCAUCACCAAGUAGCAGUGAAAGCAGCAGACACAGCGACUGGUCGAGUCCCAGUAGAAGGUCUAGUCAUUCACCAACACGAAGUCCAUCUUACUCUCGUUAGAAUAUAAAUUUAAAUCGUAAAUAAAUAAUUGUGACAUAAAUUUAAAUUAAUUAAUUAUUUUUUUGUUAGUUAAUUUUUUGUCGUUGCAUAGCUCAAAAAAUACAUCAGCGCAAUAUUCAAAAAUUGUGCUGGUUAUUUUAUUUAAAAUAGUUUAAUUAAUGCAAUCGAUACUAGUCAGAUUAAAUUAUUAGUUAUAAUUAAAUUAAAUUAAAUUAAAUUAUAUAAUUAUUGAUAUUGCAAAGCGACCAAUUAAAUUAUUGUGAUUCGAAAUAUUUUAGUGCAAUGUUAUAAUCACCUGUUUCAUCAUAUGUAAAUAGAUAAUUUAUACGCUCGAUUAAUCAUAGUAAUGUAUAUGAUCUCAAAACAAGUCAUUCCAAAGUGUGUAAUUAUUAAUUAUAUUUAUUAACUUAUUUAUUUGUAUUACUAAUGAUAAUUAGAUCAAAUUUAAUUGUUUUUUUUUUAACAGUAUUGAUAUUAUAAAGUAAUAAAAUAAAUUUUACUGAUAAUACUCAAAAGCUUGAGGGAAUUUUUAAACAGUAUCCCUUCCCCCUCCCAGUUUUUGAAAGAAUCCAAUGACUGAACUGUCAAACGAGAUUAAAAUUUUGUUAAUUAGUUGAGAAAUAAAAUUAAUGCAUUAACUAAAAAAAGACGACGUAGUUACAGUUUUGCGGGGACAUAAAUUUAAAAAAAAAUUACUUACAAUAAUCAACUCGUUUAGGAUUUUUUUUAAAUAAAUUAAUUACAAAAUACUAAAAGUAUAUGAGUGUGACUGUAGCAGACAUCAGACAAAUUUAAAAUUAACAAUAAAUGGAGUCAAUAAUUAAUAAAAUUAAAUUAAGAAAAAAAUGCACAUUUAAAAAAGUUUGAAAUCAAUAAGUGCAUUUUUUCUAAAUAUUUUUUUUUAAAUUAUUCACUCUAUUUAUUUAUAAUUUUAAAUUUGUCUGAUGUCCGUACAUCCACACUUGUAAAAACUAAAAAUGUGAUGAUACUGAAAAUUGCCGCCUGAUAAUUUUUGAAUUUUUUUAGAAACUAUAAAUUAUAAAAAAAAAAAGUAUAAAAACAAACGCACCUGCAGCUUUUUUAAUUUUCUACAUGCGCAUAUUUUUAGUCUAUUGCUUUUUUGUAAUCGAUUUGUUUCAACAAAUCGAAAAAAAAUCCGAAAAUUGUUAAUUAUCUGCUAAUUUCUGCAAUGCAAAAUAUGGACUUGGAUAAAAUUAAAAAAACUACAGGUGCAAUUUUGAAAAAAAAUUCAAAAAUUAUUAGACCUCAGCUAACUUCAGUAUCAAAUUUUUUUUUCAAAUCCACAUCUUGGCAAAAUUGUAACUACAUCGUCUUUUUUUCAACUAAUGAAGAAACUCAUUGUAUAUUUUUAAAAUAUAUGGGGGAGGGUGGGGACUGUCUGAGAAUACCCUUAAAUAAAUGAUUCAAUUUUAAAAUUGAUUGAUAUUAAUUUAAAUUGUUAAGACUUAUUUAUAAUUUAAAUUAUUUAUUUAAAAUAAAUAAUAUUUGUCUGUCGUUAUAAAAAAAGUAUUAAAUUUCUUAAUAAAUCUGUAAUAUACUCUGUAUUGUUGUUGUGUGUGAUUAAAGUUCCAAGUGCUUGAUAAUAAAAUGAAGUCAAAAAAAAUUUAUUAAUUCAUUUAUUUAUAUUAAUAAAGAGUAGGUUUAAAAAAUUGGAUGUUAAUUGUUAAAAUAUUGCUCAUAUCUAAAUAAUUGUAAUUCAGUUUUAGAUCACGGAUAUUUAAAUUAAUAUUGAGAUUUUAUCAGCCAACUGAAAGUAAUAAAAUUAAUAAUUCAUACGGACACGAAUCUUCGAAAACAAAUUUUUUGGAUACUUUAAAAACUAAGUUCUCCAUUAAGUGCAACCAAGAAAACAAAAGUUGUUUAAGCCAGGAGAAAAAUUUCUUGGGAAAAAAGACAUAUAUGAAGGAGGGGAAAGUCACCGGUGCGAGGCAGCAGCAGCAGGAGUUCAGUGCUCGCCACUAGAUGGCGCCCAGCCACUUUUGAUGUCCCUGGUAAGAAAUAUACUUCUGAACUGUUAUGUUUUCAACUUGGAAGCAAUUCUGUGUCGUAAUUAAUCUAGUUUCUGACAUGAAUUUUUCCUCGGAAAUAGCCAGCCAUCCAAUUGUAGAAAUUUUACAGUCUAAAAACCAAUCAAACUUAAAAAAUUUAAGUGAGUUGAACCCACAUAAGAUAGGAAUCAUUAAAUGAAUUAAUGAAAAAUGCAACUAUAUGUAUGAAAGUUACUUAUUAAUAAAGACAAGUUACAAACUAAAAUAAUUAGUCCAAUCGAAUACGUAUGAAGUUUUUCGUAGAUUUCGGCUCGAAUAUGAAAUUAGAGAUGAACAACAUACAACUUCAACAGAUAUGUAAUGUAUGAUGUAGUUGGCGGAAAGCGUUAGCUUCGCUUUAUCUAACGCUGUCUAUAAAUAUGAGAGACUGUGGUGCAAGCGCGCUUUUCGUAUCAAGUAUUGUAAGUUACAAUUUGUAACCAUUCACACCACCUAUAUAAUUAUAUUAAUAAACGAUUAUUGUUAUCCAGUUAUAUUAUAUACUUAUUAUUAGUGCCUUUAUCCAAACAAUACAAGAUACAAUUUAAAACUUAAAUAUAGUUGGUUAGUUUUUAUGAAACGAGAAUAAAAUAAGUUUAUAUCAACAUUGCAAAACAAUGUUAAUGUAAUAUACAAACGUUUGUUUGUUUAUCCCCAUUGUAACCUGAAGAUUUUAGCUAUUGAAAAAUAAUAAUGAAUUAAAUGAAAAUUAAGAAACUUUUCACAUAAAAAGAAAAACUUAAAUUCCCAGAGUGAAAACAAUAUUGUUUUAUUAAAGAUAGAAAUUAAAACUUCAUAUAAAAUUCUUUAAUUUUAGACAAAGUUCAGGUGUUCACUUUUGAAUGCUUCGACGUUUUUUAUAAUUGAUUAGUUUUACUAAAUUAUUUUGAAUUGAAUGCAACUAAUUAAUUAGAAUGGAUGGAAGAAGACCAUAAUGUAUUAAAUUAAUAAUAGUAAUAGUCAGAAACUAAUGAACAAACGUUCGUUUCGAUUUUGGAGUUAAACAAUAACGGGUCGAGAGCGAUUACGAAUUUUUAAUAUAUAUGAACACAUCGUCUUCUUAAAUAUUUAUUCACAAAUUAUCUUUGCACAACUUUAAGAAAUCUUCAAUUUAUUUCGUUACCUGCUUUGUCGUUGGGUUGACGACGCUCGCUACGACGUCUAAUUUAAAUUUUUAAUUCAUUUAAUUUUUUAAUCAAUGCUAGACCAGCGACGAACUCAAACUGAAUUAUGAAAUUAUCAUUCACCUUCUAUUCGUCGGUGAUCUUAUACUAUAGGUGUCUUAAAUAUAAGACUGUUGUAAGCCAUAAAUGGGUUUUCUUUUUUGUUUAUAAAUUGAAUGGAACAGUACUGAAAUAUUAACACUUUAAAUUUAGCUUCUGAAUAUCUAAAUCAAUAGGAAUUAUUUAUAAACAACAAACAGACACCUUGAUACUAAUAAUUUAUAUACGUACAUAAUAUACACUCAUGCCAAAAAUUAAAGGAACAGAUAAAUUUUAGUGGUUUUUGAAUGGUCGUAACUUUGUGAAAAAUAAUCAUAUUGAGAUCAUGGAAAAUGCAUUUCAAAGUUUCAUAUCUCUAGUUUGGAGAUCUUUUGAUCAAAAUUUUUUUCAGAGCUAUGACUAAAUUGAGUAUCAUUUUGAAAGCUGAUCAGAAUUUCCUCGAUUCGAAUCAAGAAAUUUGAAAAUUUACAAAUAUCCCAAAAACUUUCGAAUAAUUCUAAAGCUGACGAAUAAUUCGAAAAGUUUCGAAUAAUUCGAUUCGAACCCGAUUUGCACAUCCCUAAUAAUUUACUAUUUUUUAAAAAAUUAAUUAUAAAUACUGAGAUUUAAAAAUAAAAUGAAAUAAAUCAAUACUGAUAAAAUUUAACGUAAAAUAACAACAAUUAAAUCUACAAAUUUUCUUUAUUGUGUUAAAAUACAAAUACGAUUGACAUUUCAAGGUCUUUGAAUUUUUUUAAAAAGAGCGGGAGCUCCCGUCUGAGAUUGUCAUUGAACUGUCAGAUUAUAAAUAUCAACAUUUAAUAAUUUAUGACAAUAAUAACUUAUUAAUUCGUUUAUUUAUUAUUUUAACUUUCAGUUGUUUGAUAAAAUUAACAUAAAUAAAAAAUAUAACUUAUUUAUAAGCAUAUUUGUGAUAAUUUUAUUGUUAUUGUACUUUAGAUACCCGUGAUUUUGAAUUAAGAAAAUAUUAACAUUGUAUUCAAAUUAAUAUAAAAAUAUAAUGGCAAUUAUUCACAACAAUUUUAAUGUCUUCUUUGUCUUCUUGCGUCACUUGCUCGGACAUUUGCUAAAUAAAUUGUCCAUGCUAGCCCAAUUAUGUUGACAACCAAAACUUUCAACUAAAAAUGAAUAACAGUAAUUAAUAGAUUUAUUUACUUGUUUAAUUAGAUUACAAUAAUUACCAUUGGAGGAACGUAACGUAUGUUUAUAAAUUGCAGUAGUGUUAAAUAUUUUAAAUUUGCACUAAGUACCGGCCAAUAAAGUCUUUGGAGAUUUGUACAAGAUUGUUGAUGAGAUUUACCCUGAUGAAAAAUUAUUUUAUUAUUUUAUUUAUUUAUCAAUUACGUAUUUAAUUAAAUAAUUGAUAUUUUACCUCAAACCGUGACAACAUAUAAAGAGAAAGAACUUGGAAACAUGGAGUGUAUAAUAAUCUUUCAAUUAAUAAAAUAGCUAAUGGAUGUUUGAAAUAUUUAUAAAUUAUUUUGUAAAAAUAAUGAGGUACUGGUCCACCGAAUAAAAGUCUAAAAUUAAUGAAAAAAA